UUUGGAAGACUUUUGAAAUUGUUGAUUGAAUUGUUCAAUUGUUGUUAAUUUUUAAUUUGUGAUGAAUGUUUGGGCUGUCGUGCACUUUAUUUAUUUUUUACUAUUCUCAGACAACCAGUACGAACAACCAACAUAUGCAAGGCAACUAAAUUAGCCAAACGCGCGUUACAAAUAUUUUGUGCAUCCGAGGGACCCUAGGUGGCGCCACCUAAGUAAGCUGUAACAAGCUAAAGUAGUGUGUGUCGUGCAAUAAAAGUUAAGUACGUAGCAUUCAACAUCCACUCGAAGGCAAGGCAAAAAGGAAGAGUGAGUAGCAUUGUGUCAUUCGACAAAGUAACGCAUUGAGCGAUAAGAGGCAACCAGCAGCACGACUCACAAAAUGAGCAACCAGCACAGGAGCACCAGCAACAAAGGAAGGUGGAGCGCCAGCGCCAGCGAGGGUAGCAUCAAAGCGCUGAUAGCGCAACUAUUGCUUCUUAUCAGCAUCACAUCGGGCUUGCCGGGAGUCGAAUGCUUUCAGCGUUUCGCAGAGCAGCCCAAAUACACGGAGGUGAACCCGCGCGAGGAUGCGUUGCUCACAUGCAAAGUAAUCGAUAUGCGUGGCUCUUGUUCCUGGCAAAAGGAUAACAAGCCUGUGGGUAUCUAUCUGAAGAAAUACGAAUGGGCGGCGCGUCCCUUGGGCGGAAAUGGCGCCUUACAUCUGGAUCUGCAUCCGCCUCCGCCCAUGCAAAUCGGCGGCGAUUGCUCCCUAUGGAUACGCUCGGCCACCUUAGACUUUGACGAUGGCCUCUGGGAGUGCCAAGUGACCGCCAGUGAUUUUACCGCACAAGAUGCUUUGACUAGUCAACCGGUGCGAUUGGUUGUACGUGUGGCGCCACAACGACCUCGUCUGGAGUUUGAGAGCGCUCCACUGCCGCCGGGACACAACAUCACGGUGGACGCUGGCGCCGUGGCGACUGUGAAAUGCGCCUCACAUUAUGGUAAUCCGCCUGCAACGCUCAGAUGGUAUUUGGGCGACCAGGAAAUCUCGCCCAUACACCCGCAGCUGAAUGCCACAGAGCCCGAUAAUACACGCACCUGGUCUGCCACUUCGGUUGUGCAGGUGUCCGCCAUGCGCGAACGUCACGGGGACAUUUUGCGCUGCGUGGCCUAUCACGAGAACUACGAGGCCAAAUCGGUGCCAGUGGAGGCCCGUCUAGAUGUCAAGUAUGCGCCAACCAUUCGUCUAAUUGGCUCACCGGAAAUCGACUUGGAAGAGGAUAAGGAUGCGCUUGUGCUGCGCUGCGUGGCCGAUGCCAAUCCACCGGCCAGCAUCGUUUGGCGACGUGCCGGACGCUCCGAGAUAGCCAGCUUGCAGGAAACGUUGCAAUUGCGUCCUGUUGGACGGCGAGACGCUGGACUGUAUACCUGCCAGGCACAGAACUCCGUGGGCACCUCGGAGCAGCUGUCGGUGCAGUUGGACGUGAAAUAUCCACCGAAAAUUAUUUCAGCCGGCCCGGACCGUCUUACCACAGCGCCGCUCUUUAGUCCCGCCGCCUUCGAAUGCGUCGCCGAUGGUAAUCCCAUGCCGGCCUACAAAUGGGUCCAAAGAAUCUCGCAUGGAUCAAAGUACGUGGAGCGCGGAAAUGAGCCGCGCCUGGUCAUCGACAAUGUCACCUACGAGUACCAGGGCGAAUACGAGUGCCGAGCCACCAGCUACAUCAACGGACAGGAGCGGGUGGCAAUUUCCGAUCCCGUGUCCCUUCAAGUUGUGGGUGCUCCGCAGGUGCUUCGCCUGCAUCCCUCAAUGCACACUGUGUCUGUUAAGCGCGGCGAACCAGCUAGUCUAACGAUGGUAGUCUGUGCCGAUCCGCGACCGCAACUCGUGGCCUGGGAGUGGGGUUCGCUGCGUCUGGAGGCCGGCACGGGCAUAGAUCGCUUUCGAGCUGAUGAUAUGCUCACGGACACACGAGAGGAUUGCUACUUGUCUACGCUGCACAUACACCACACAGAUGAACACGACUCGCGUCCCUACUACCUGGUAGUGGAGAACGAGCGAGGCACCGAUCGCCAUGCCAUUCAUUUGAUUGUGGAGGGUACGUUUGCAGAACCUCUGGAGAUGAGCUACUUGCUGGGCGUCGCCGGCGGCUGCAUGGCCGCCAUUUUGAUCCUGAUCUGCCUCUGCAUCUACGCCGUCAAGAGCAAAAAGUGCUGCUUCAAGGGUUCCACGGGCUAUAAAUCAUCGGAUAAGGACAGCGAGAAGGCUGAUUUGAAAUCACGGUCGGAUAGCACCAGCGGGCCCCAAGGUGAUUCGAUUUACACAACGCCCGCCGGCUUCCAUCAUCACCAGCAACAGCAGCAACAACAGCAGCAGCAACAACAGGCGGCAGCUGCCGCCGCAGCAGCAUUGCACGCAGCCUCGCAGCACCCACAGCAACAAUAUCCGGGACAUGGAUCGCCGGAGGCAAUGAAGAGCGUGCCAGUACUGCGCACAUUUGGCGGGCAUCACAUCGCGUAGCGGGAACUUAACGUGGCCACAACCACUUGCUCAUCAUCAGCAACCACCAUAACCACGCCCACAGGCACACCACCUCUGCCACCGUUGCCCAACACAUUUAUAGCGAUCAAAACGAAGAACGACAACAGCAACAGUAACAACACCAGCAACAGCAUCACUUUGCACAGUGGCAACAACAGUUUUAAGUCAAACGCUAACAACAACAGCAAUACAAACAGACGAUCGCCAAAUGCACAGCAGCAACCGCCGCCGUUGCCCAUGAAAAACGGCAGCAAGCAGAAUCAGCAGCAACACGACCCACAAUACCAACAUCUCAGCUACAACAUGACACAUCUGCAGCACCUAAAUUCACGCACCAACAACACGCUCGAUCGCAAACACGCACACAGUGAGGGCAAUGCUGGCGGCGACUACUGCACGCAGAUCAAUCCGCAUUAUCUGCAGACCUUCGAUAGCUUAGAUCGGGAUCAUUACAGCGUGACUAAUCUGCAUGCUCAUCCGCAUCGCAGCCAGUCCAAGUCGCAGAUCUAUAGCUAUGGCAGCAGCGGCACCGCCAGUGACACCUCCAAUCAGCAGCAACAGCAACAGCAUCCUCAGUAUCACAGCAGCAGCAACAUCGCGCACAUUGAGCACCACUAUCAGCAACACAGUCAUCCACACCAACAGCAGCAGCUGCAGCUGCAGCAGCAGCAGCUGCCACACCACCACCAACACCACAGUCUCAGGCACACGAAACAUAGCAAGGGCCACAAGAACAAGCACAGCUCAAAGAACAGCAAGUCACAGGAUGAUUUUAAAGCCAUGCACAAGCAGCAGCAGCAGCAGCAGCAGCAACUGCAACAAAAGUGCAGCAAGCAGCAGCAGCAGUCAAGCAAACGCACCAGCAACAACCAGUUGUUGCCACAGCAACCACAACAGCAGCAUUAUUCCAGUUCCAGUGAUAGUUUACCAUUUGAUAAUAACUAUUAUUAAAGAGGCACGCACACACACACACACACACACUAAGUCACUCACACACAUUCAGAGUCACUUAUUGCUGUCUCCGUUGUAAAAUGUUGUCGAUGCCCAAAACGCACAUCCAAUAACAACUCAA